AUGAAGAGCGAAAGGAAAUUGAUAUACCAUGAGAGGCAAAAAUUACAAUUUUGCUUGUUGCACUCCCUCAACAAUCUCUUCCAGGAGAAAGAUGCAUUUACUCGAGCAAAUUUGAAUGCCACUGCUGAAAAACUGAACUUCGAUGAUCCAAACAAGGCAACCUGGACUCCUAUGUCUGUGAUCUUUAAGCCUCAUCAUAAUUCUCUUACAGGAAAUUAUGAUAUUAACGUUUUAAUUGCUGCUCUUGAAGAAAGAGGGAAAAGGGUAAUAUGGCAUGAUCGCCGAAACGGGACAUCUCCAAUUGAUCUAGAUGGGUUGAAGGAUGAAUUGUUCGGUAUUAUAGUUAAUGUUCCAGUAAGAAGGUAUGCUGGCCUAUGGAAAGGUAGGCAUUGGGUUGCAUUGAGAAGGAUUGAAGGAGUCUGGUACAAUUUGGAUAGUGAUCUUUCUGCUCCUUAUUGUUUUGAAAAUGCUGAGGAAAUUAGGGAGUUCUUGGACAGUGUAAUGUCCACUGGAGCUGAGGUUUUGCUUAUCGUGAAUGAUAAAGAAUAA